GCUCACUGGCCCGUCAGUUCGCGGGCCUCCCUGAAUACCCGCCGCGGCGCCGCGCCGACUUAUGUACCAGCGAGUGUGGGCGGGGACGGGGGUUCGGUCCGCGCUGGGCCCCCCCAGCUUCUGCCAAUGAGGAAGAAGCGAGCCUACGCCGUUUUCCCGGGGAGAUGCGCCGCCCGGUCUCCCUGCCAGCGGAGUGCUGGGCCGAGGACAGGGCGGCAGGGGUGACAGUGGGGUCUAGGAGAGUCUCAAAAUCCUAAGCUUUCAGUAUUUGUUAUUGUGAAAGAAGUUAAUUCACCUGAAACAGAGGAGGGGCAACCUGAGUUAUCAGAAAGUGACUUCCUGGCCUUCCCUUUUUUAUUGAUCAGAGGCACACAAAGCGUAGUUUCUAAGCUGAAUGAUGACAACGUUGCAGAAUAAAGAAGAAUGUGGAAAGGGACCAAAGAGAAUCUUUGCCCCACCUGCACAAAAAUCUUACAGCCUGUUACCUUGUAGCCCUAACUCCCCCAAGGAGGAGACCCCGGGGAUCAGUUCCCCAGAGACAGAGGCCAGGAUAAGCCUGCCAAAGGCCAGUUUAAAGAAGAAAGAGGAAAAAGCAACCAUGAAGAAUGUUCCAAGCAGGGAACAGGAGAAAAAAAGAAAGGCACAAAUCAACAAGCAAGCAGAGAAGAAAGAAAAGGAAAAAUCAAGUCUUACCAAUGCAGAAUUUGAGGAGAUUGUCCAGAUUGUUCUGCAGAAGUCCCUUCAGGAGUGCUUGGGGAUGGGAUCUGGCCUUGAUUUUGCAGAGACUUCUUGUGCCCAGCCCGUAGUAUCUACCCAAUCAGACAAGGAGCCAGGAAUUACUGCUUCUGCUACUGAUACUGAUAAUGCUAAUGGAGAGGAGGUACCACAUACUCAAGAGAUUUCAGUGUCUUGGGAAGGUGAAGCUGCCCCUGAGAUAAGGACAUCUAAGUUAGGCCAGCCAGAUCCUGCACCCUCUAAGAAGAAAUCCAAUAGACUCACCUUAAACAAAAGAAAGAAGGAAGCUCAAGAUGAGAAGGUGGAGAAAACUCAAGGUGGACAUGAGCACAGACAGGAAGACCAACUAAAGAAAACAGUUCAGGAUCAUUCUCAGAUCAGGGACCAGCAAAAAGGAGAGAUAAAUGGUUUUGGUCAAUGUCUGGUCUGGGUCCAGUGUUCCUUCCCAAACUGUGGGAAAUGGAGGCGGCUGUGUGGGAACAUUGACCCCUCAGUUCUCCCAGAUAAUUGGUCCUGUGAUCAGAACACAGAUGUGCAGUAUAAUCGCUGUGAUAUUCCUGAGGAGACCUGGACAGGGCUUGAGAGUGAUGUGGCCUAUGCCUCCUACAUCCCAGGAUCCAUCAUCUGGGCCAAGCAAUACGGUUACCCCUGGUGGCCAGGCAUGAUAGAAUCUGAUCCUGACUUAGGGGAAUAUUUUCUUUUUACUUCCCAUCUUGAUUCCCUGCCGUCUAAGUACCAUGUGACGUUUUUUGGAGAAACAGUUUCUCGUGCAUGGAUCCCAGUCAACAUGCUAAAGAACUUCCAGGAGCUGUCCCUGGAGCUAUCAGUCAUGAAAAAGCGCAGAAAUGACUGCAGCCAGAAACUGGGGGUGGCCCUGAUGAUGGCUCAAGAGGCAGAACAGAUCAGCAUUCAGGAACGGGUUAACUUGUUUGGUUUCUGGAGCCGAUUCAACGGAUCUAACAGUAAUGGGGAAAGAAAAGACUUACAGCUCUCUGGUUUGAACAGCCCAGGAUCCUGCUUGGAGAAAAAGGAGAAAGAGGAAGAGUUGGAAAAGGAGGAAGGAGAGAAAACAGACCCAAUUUUGCCCAUUCGUAAGCGAGUCAAAAUACAGACCCAAAAAACCAAGCCAAGAGGGCUUGGGGGUGAUGCAGGCACAGCAGAUGGCCGAGGCAGGACACUGCAGAGGAAGAUAAUGAAGAGAUCUCUAGGCAGGAAAUCCACAGCUCCUCCUGCACCCAGAAUGGGAAGGAAAGAAGGCCAAGGGAAUUCAGAUUCUGACCAGCCAGGCCCUAAGAAAAAAUUUAAAGCUCCCCAGAGCAAGGCCUUGGCAGCCAGCUUUUCAGAGGGAAAAGAAGUUAGAACAGUGCCAAAGAACCUGGGCCUAUCAGCGUGUAAGGGGGCCUGCCCCUCAUCUGCGAAAGAAGAGCCCAGACACCGGGAACCCCUGACCCAGGAGGCUGGAAGUGUCCCCCUUGAGGACGAAGCCUCCAGUGACCUGGACCUGGAGCAACUCAUGGAAGAUGUUGGGAGAGAGCUGGGGCAGAGCGGGGAGCUGCAGCACAGCAACAGUGAUGGCGAGGACUUCCCCGUGGCGCUGUUUGGGAAGUAGCUGGUGCUCCUGCGCUCCCUCCUUUUCUCCCUUCUCUGGGGCGCAGGAGGGAGAAGUUGCUAAGUGCUGGGUCUGUUCAUUGGCUAUGAGGUUCAAAUGUGUGUGGUGCAGUUUCUGUGUUAAUAAAGCAGGUUAUGGUCGA